AUGCAUUCGAAACAGAUCCUUCUGUCGUUGGUGACUGCCGUCGGGUUGGCUUCUGCCUCCGACGUCGUCCAGCUCAAGACUGAUACCUUCGACGAAUUCAUCACCAAGAACAACCUUGUCAUUGCUGAAUUCUAUGCUCCAUGGUGCGGACACUGCAAGGCUCUUGCUCCAGAGUACGAGGUUGCUGCCACUGAGCUCAAGGCCAAGGGCAUCCAGGUCGUCAAGGUUGACUGCACUGAGGAAGCCGACCUUUGCCAGAAGCAGGGUGUUGAGGGAUACCCCACCCUUAAGAUCUUCCGUGGCUCGUUGGAUAACCCAUCCCCAUACAGUGGACAGCGAAAGGCCGACGCUAUCGUCUCUUACAUGACCAAGCAGUCGCUACCAGCUGUCUCCGUCCUUACCAAGGAUACCAUUGAAGCCUUCAAGACCUCCGACAAGGUUGUUGUUGUCGCCUACUUCAAUGCUGACGAUAAGAAGUCGAGCGAGACCUUCUCCGCCAUUGCUGAGAAGCACCGUGAUGACUACCUCUUCGGUGCCGUUUCGGACCCAGCUCUCCUUGAGGCUGCUAAGAUCACUGCCCCAGGCGUUGUUGUCUACAGAUCAUUCGACGAGCCCGAGACUGUCUACGACGGUGCUUUCGAGGCCGAGGCCAUCACAACCUUCGUCAAGACCACCGCCACCCCACUCAUUGGUGAAGUCGGCCCAGAGACCUAUGCCGGAUACAUGUCCGCUGGUAUCCCACUUGCUUACAUCUUCGUUGAGGGUGAUGAGCAAAAGACCAAGUACGUCACUGGCUUGAAGGCUCUUGCCCAGAAGUACAAGGGCAAGAUCAAUGUUGCUACCAUUGAUGCCGCUGCCUUCGGUGCCCACGCUCAGAACCUUAACCUUGAGUCGAAGUGGCCUGCUUUUGCUAUCCAGGACACCGCCAAGAACUUCAAGUACCCAUUCGACCAGACUAAGGAUCUUACCGUCGAGGCCAUCGAGAAGUUCGUUGAGGAAUUCUCCGAGGGCAAGGUUGAGCCAUCGAUCAAAUCCGAAGAGGUCCCAGCUAAGCAGGAGGGUCCAGUCCACACCGUUGUUGCCCACAACUACAAGGAUAUCGUCCUAGACGACGAGAAGGACGUCUUGGUUGAGUUCUAUGCUCACUGGUGCGGUCACUGCAAGGCCCUCGCCCCCAAGUACGAGGAACUCGGAAAGCUCUACUUCGACAACCCAGAAUUCGCCAAGAAGGUCGUCAUCGCCAAGGUUGAUGCCACCCUCAACGACGUUCCAGAUGAGAUCCAGGGCUUCCCCACAAUCAAGCUCUUCGCAGCUGGCAAGAAGGGAUCCCCAAUUGACUACCAGGGUGGCCGAACUGUUGAGGACUUCGUUAAGUUCAUCAAGGAGAGCGGUACCCACGGUGUCGAUGCUACCGAGGCUCUCGCUGCCCAGCAGGCCGCCCCACCUGCUGACUCUGCCGCUGAAGAUGUUGGAAAGGCUGCCCCAGCUGCCACUGAGUCCGGUGACGAACCCGGCCCAGCCUCCACAUCGACAGAGGCCGCUGCUGAGUCUGACAAGCACGAUGAAUUGUAA